UUAUUUAAAAAUGAUUUUUUGAAAAUUUGUUACAAUUUUCACAGAUAAUUUUAAUGUUUUCUAUGUAUUCUCAAGUAUACAAAGUUAAUGUUUUUAGCAUAUUUUUCACAAAUGAUUUGUCCAAUUUUAUCAUUCAUUAGCAUACGAUGUUAUAAAAGUCAUUAAAAAAACCAUCCGUGAAUUUCUUGAAUGAAGCUUCUGGAUGAACAUAAAGAUACAAGUGAUGGUCACAAACAACAUUCUAGUCUGUGAGAGUAAAUGGUCGAGGUUCAAAUAUCGGCUGAAUUGCAGACUAGGCUAUUGGCACAUUAUGAAAUACAAGACUGCUUUUGCAGAAGCUAAGCCAGCCAGGGACUUGUCACAGAAGAAAAGUUCGAAGGACAGAGAAAUCGAAUAAAGAGGGAAGAAAAUUGGUUCUGAAUUCAGUUUUAGAACAAGACAGCUAAUAUAAAAAGAGAUGUAACUGAGAUGGUUGAGGUGCUGGUUGGUUGAGGUCCCACAUCGACUAGAAAAAGAGGUGGAGCUUAGAGCAGCCAAUAUAAAAGGAGAGAUCAGACGCGGUAGUGAAGCAUCUUUGCGCUUGGGGCAAUGACGCAGCUAGUGAGGUUCUAACCGAGGCGCGUCUAUUGCUGGUUGAAAACUAUUUCCAAACCCCCUCUUAGGCCUGGGUUCACCCCUGGCCUUCGAGAAUUUCUGGAAGGGCUCCCUACGGGGUUAAGCCCUACAAUGUCUAGUUCAAUCUUUUUUUUUUAUUUAAAAUUUCAGUUUCUUAUGCUACUUAAAAUCCCAAGAAAUACAAGAACCUUCAACAUAAGCAUGGGGAUGAUGAGCGUAUGAUUUGGCAAUUUCUUUCUCACAAUGUCAAAAAGUCUACUCUUCAAUAUCCCUGUCAGCAACCUCACUUUAUGACAUGGAUUGUUGUUAGAUCCCAUAAAAAACACUGAUGGCUUCGUUGAUGACUGCCUGUGCUAAUCAGGGUGCUUCAUCCUUUACUUUUUCUGGUUUAAUUUCCUAAACUGCGAUUCUCGAAUAGUUUGUGUGGAAAUAUAUUACUAGACACAGGAUUUGUUUCCUUCCAUCAACUACCCUGGAAUCUUGCUCCAGAAGAUAUAUAAACCGAGCCUUAAAAAGCUAAACCUUACCGAACCAUAUUUCUUAAAGCAAGCAAAACAGUCCAUGAUGUGAAAAUAUUAUCUUGAAUAAUUGUCACGGUUGUCAUAUCAGUACAUUUUUAUCAAUCAAGGUUGAUGAUCCAAGGUUGAGUUGCCCCACUAAAGAAAGUGUCAAAGAUUCACUUCCUAGUUUCCAUCCCUUUAAAUACCUCUUUGGAAUACAAGGAACUCAUCAACCCAAGUUAGCAUAACUUCCCUAGCAAUCUAGUAGCUCCACCUGUUUCUGUUCACCCGCAUCUAGUCCCUUUGAUAAAACAAAAAUCUUUUUUGUUAAUCAUCAAACAUGCAGACCUCACUUCUUCAUAAUCUAGUUGUUGGAACUCCAAUCAUCUCAGCUACAUAUGAUAAGCUUCAAACGCCAGUUAACAGAUACUUACUGGAUCCUGCCAUUCAAUGUCACUACUCAACCACAACAUCAAAGCAAAGUAGAGUAUAUUCAGUUGCGAACAAACUUGGAAGGAAGACGGGUAGUCUUUCACAAGGAGUCCAAGAACAUGGUGAGUAUCCUUGUAAGACCGAGACAUGUUUCCAAGACAAAUAUUGAUGGUACUGAUAAGGAACUAUUAUGAACAUCAUGCCUAAUUUUCAUCUAAAGGACUGGUUUCGAGAGUAUAACUGAUUUUCUUCUCCCUUCAGUUGGGUUCAGUAUAACAGUUGAAUUGGCUUUGCUUGAGGCCUUAUGAACAUAUCUGAAACUGUUAAGAGGAAGUUAAGCUUAGGAGCUCGCAUUCUUCAAGUGGGAGGAGUCGAGAAAGUGUUUAAGCAAUUUUUUAGUGUGAGAGAAGGGGAGAGGCUGUUGAAAGUUUCCACCACAUCCGGACCUCUAGCGGGUCUCCUCUUCAUCUCUACAGACAAGGUUGCCUUUUGCAGUGAGAGAUCAAUGAAAGUUUUUACUCAGAAAGGCCACAUGUUGAGGAUCUAUUAUACGGUUGCCAUUCCAUUGAAGAAGAUCAAGUGUGUGAACCACCAGAGUAAAAAUGUUCAGAAGCCAAAACAAAAGUACAUAGGGAUAGUCACAGAGGACAAUUUUGAUUUCUGGUUUAUGGGUAUCAUGAAAUAUCAGAAAACCAUGAAAUAUCUUGAGCAGGCUGUUUCUCAUGCUUAGUUGAGUAGCAAAAUCCACUGCUUGAGCUUGAGGCUUCAUGUUGUUGGGACAAACAUAAAGAUACAAGAGAUGAUCAGAAACAAAAAUAAAAAUUGGACUUUGUCUUUGAUAAAAACAGCUUCACUGUUUCAUCCGUUGUUCUGGACACAACAUGUUGGUGUGACAGCAAAUAGAAGUGGUUAAUAUCAGUUGAAUUGCAAAACUUGGUUGCUAGCACAUUUUGGACAAAGGUUGUGAGUACAAGAGUUCAUCAUUGAUGCCUUAUUUAUUGCCGAGUGCAAGCCGCAUGUAUUCCAGUUGAUGGUUGGUUGUUAAUGCUAAUUAGUUAAGGACCAAAUGGCUUUUGCAGAAGGUAUCCAUCCAUGGACUGGCCUACGAAGGGAGGGAGAUUACGGUGGAAGAAAAGUUUAAAGGAAAGAUAAAUGGAAUAAGAGGGAAGAAAAUUGCUAGUUUCCCAACUGUACAAGUUUCAGGCUCAUUAUUUGUAAAUAUUUUCAGAACCAGGUUGCUAAAAUUGUAUUCCAGAUUGUAU